AUGGCAACAUACGGUGACGAGCCAGUCGAUCGUUAUUUCUAUUCAUCUUACAACAACCCUUAUUCGGGCAGAUACCGGCCCAAGGAGCUUCCGAGGAAGUACAAAGGUAGCUACCUGUCCCACUAUGGCGCCGACGCAUCGGAGGCCUUCAACAACCAGCAACGGGCCCAGCUCAAGUCCAUCCUGUCUCAGAUCAACCCCAAGCUCACGCCGAGGCUCCGCAAGGCAAACACCAAGGACGUGGCCGUGCAGGUCAACCCCAAGCAGGACGCCUCGGUGCAGUGCUCCCUCGGGCCAAGAAGCCUCGGCGCGGUCAAGCGAGACUUCCGGCGUAAGAAAGGCUCCGAGAGCUCCGUGACGUCCGGCGACGGUGGAAGCCCCAAGGGGGUCGUGCGCUACCCGCGGACCCUGGCGCUCUACUCCCCCGUCGCCUACCGGAACAUCACCUGCUUCCUGCCGGAGGACCAGGAGUCGUCGCCGGCGCCGCCGCCGCCCGCGGAGGCUCCUCCGGCCGAGCGGGGAGAGGAGGUCGAGGCUGCCGCGGGCGCCGAUGACGAGGGGGGCGAGAAGCAGGAGGAGAAGGAGGCCGAGCCGAUCAAGUCAAAAGAUCCGCCGAAGAGCGAGGACACCAGGGCCGCCAUUGAGGAGCCUCCAAAGGAGAAAGCGAGAGUGCGCUUCCAGUUUCUGGAGCAGAAGUACGGAUAUUACCACUGCAGAGAGUGCAAUCUGAGAUGGGAGAGUGCCUACGUGUGGUGCGUUCAGGCCACCAAUAAGGUUUACUUCAAACAAUACUGCAGGAAAUGCCAAAAGGAGUUCAACCCGUACCGUGUGGAGGACAUCACAUGUCAUACGUGCAACAAAGCCCGCUGCUGCUGCGCCUUAACUCAACGCCACGUGGACCCCAAGCGUCCGCACAGGCAGGACUUGUGCGGCCGCUGCAAAGGCAAGCGACUCUCCUGCGACAGCACCUUCAGCUUCAAGUACAUCAUCUAA